AUGGAUCACGAUGAUGAUAUGGGAAGUAAUAUGCAACAACUCAUUGCUGCCAAAGCGGAAGAGCUGUUCAAUCUGUGUGAUACUGAACAGAAAGGAUUUAUUAUUAAGAAAGAUAUGCAGCGUUUAAGAGAAGAACUUGGCGUGGAACCCGAACAGCUCGAAGAUGUGUUUGACUCGUUAGAUAACGAUCAUAAUGGAUAUUUAACUUUAGAAGAAUUUACAUCGGGUUUCGGAAUGUUUCUCGGCGAACAAAUGGGUGGCGGACAUCCGAACGAUCAAGAAAUGAUUGAGCAUGAUCCAAAUGAGAAAGAAGAACAACAAUUAUUUCAUGAUACAUUAGAAUCUCUUGGUGCGAAAGAUCUUUACGAUGACGAAGAAACGAUUAUGGGAUUAUGGAUGAAAUUACGCGAAAAUGAUCCGACUUUGUUACGACAGUUCGAACAGUUUAUCGGUAAAGUGACAGAAGAGAUCCGCCGAUCGAAAUUAGAUCACCGGUCGAUCGAAGCUGCUCUGCAGAGUAAAUCAUCCGUGCACGAAUCGGAAAUUAAGAAAUUGUACGACGAAAUGGAACAACAAAUCAAAGCAGAAAAAGCAAAAGUUCUCGCACAAGAAAAAUUGAAAGAACGUGAACUUCGGGAACAGAUGGAACGAGAAUUACGUGGAAAGGAACAACAAUUAGCCGAAAUCACAAAGAAACAAAGUGAAUUAGAACUGAAAUUACUUCGAGUGAAUAUGAAUGAAACCGAAACGAAAAGUGAAAACGAUCGAUUACAAAAACAAAAAAGUCAAUUGGAAGAACAAUUACAAGAGAUUACAAAAAGUUUAGAAGAAUCGAAAAAUUACAUAUCUCAGCUACAAAUUCAAACGAAAAAAGAAAAACGAGAUCGAGCCAAACAAGCAUUGAGUCUCACAGAGAGUAUUGCUCUUGAACGUGAGAAUCUCGUUAAACAACUCGAUUCAUUAAAAACCAUCAACAAACGAUUAGUCGACGAACGCGAUCUUCAUCAUGGUGCUCGACAACAAGAUCAACCUUCAUCACCCACACAUUCUUCGAGAAAACCCAUGCGAAAACAGGGUUCAAUUCUUUCCGAUUAUUUCACCCCUUCACACCGUGAGCCUGAAGAAGACGAUGAUGGAACAUCUCCAUCACAAGACAAUCGACGACGUCGUUCAAGGUACUCGAAAGAUACUGAUAGUGAAUCCGAACAAGAUCAGCAAAGCAAACGUUCCCAUCGACCACGACGAUACUCACGAAGACAUCAGCCGCGUCCGUCAGCUUCCAGUGAUUCGGAAGAUAUGAAUGAUAAUCUCGAUAGGUUCCUUGUUUCAAAUUUUCAAAAACAUCAAUUUACAAUAAACUACAUGUCCAAACGAGCUUUACUCCAACCAGGACACGAAUUAGGCGCACGAGAACAACCCGUCGGUGCGAAUACAGUUUUCCAACAUUCAGAAUUAAUGAAUGUUUCGCCGAAUGCAGUGCCCGAACGAAUGUUUAAAGUCGCUUUCAUUGGCGAUAGUGGAGUGGGAAAAACAAGUUUUAUUCAAAGAUUUUGUACGGACAGUUUCAAAGAUUCGUUUUCCGCGACGAUUGGCGUUGAUCUUCAAGUGAAAAUGAUGAAUAUCGAAAACCGAAUCAUCGCUUUACAAUUAUGGGACACUGCGGGACAAGAAAGAUUUCGAAGCAUAACAAAACAAUAUUUCCGCAAAUCAGAUGGUGUUAUUCUUGUCUACGAUGUCACAUCAGAAAUAACCUUUCGAAACGUUCGACAAUGGAUGACAAGUGUUCGAGAAUCAGCGGAAGAUGAUUGUGUCGUGGCACUUGUAGGAAACAAAACUGAUCUUUGUGACGACGAUGGAAAACGACCGGUGAAAUACAAAGAUGGAGCGAAACUGGCUGAUGAAUAUGGCUGUCUGUUUUUCGAAAGUAGUGCAAAAUUAGGUACAUCCAUCGUCGAGAUUAUGGAAGCGAUUGCUCGAAUCAUGCAAGAUAAAGAUGAUAAACAACGUAAAGGUGAAAACAUUGUCGAUAUCUCAUCAAAGAAGAAGAAACGUGGAUGCUGCUAG